GGAGGCGUCAGGACAGCGGAACUGCGGUUCAGCAGCCCGCGAGCGCGCCCGGACGCUUUUCGCCAGAACCCCCACCCUAACGACGCGCGCCUCGUUGCUAGGGGCGGAGGCUCCAGAGGCUGUAGAGCGCAGAGGGUGCUGACUCCCUGAGGAUCGGCGCCCCCAGACCAGCCUCAUUCCCCGCCAGCCCCAUCUCCCCGCUGGGCAGGCCGCCGAUGGAGAUUAAAUUACAGUGGCUGCCUGAACUAUUUUCCAAAGUAUAAAUGUUACAAAGCAUUGAAUACCGCAACUCACCAAGAAGAUCCUAUUGGUUUGGGGGACACAACUUCCAGCAGCCACAAGGGAUGCUGCAUCUCCGGCACCGUCUGCAACGAGCUCCGCCUCAGAAGCUUUUGUGUAGGUUCUGUGCCAUGAUGGGGAAACUGCAAAGCAAGCUCAAACACAGCACCUACAAAUACAGGCCUGAUGCAGUUAUAGAAGAGAGAAUUCCAGCUAGAGCUCUUCAAGACUACAGCCCAGCUCACGUGGAUGCUGUCUCUGCUGUUGCUGCUCUGGACUCAGACCUGUGUGUCUCGGGAGGAAACGAUCAGACAGUCGUGGUCUACAACUGGAAAACUGGAAACGUGGUGAGAAGGUUCCAAGGACACGAGCAUGAAAUCACCAAGAUAGCCUGUGUCUACAAGUCGAAGCAGUUCUUCAGCGCCUCUCGGGACAAGAAGGUCCUGAUGUGGGACCUGCACGGCUCCUCACAGCCCAGCCAGCGGUUCUCCGGCCAUGCCAUGGCGGUCAUGGGAGUGGCCGUGAGUCCCGACUCGGCACAGCUGUGCACUGGCUCUCGGGACAACUCCCUACUUCUGUGGGACGUGGGGACCGGACAGUGUGUGGAGCGAGCUUCAGUCUCCAGGAACUUGGUCACGCACCUGUGUUGGGUCCCCCGAGAACCAUACGUGCUGCAGACUUCUGAAGAUAAGACCGUCAGAUUGUGGGACAGUCGGGGGCUGCAGGUAGCACAUAUAUUUCCCGCAAAGCAACACAUUCAGACCUACUGCGAGGUCAGUGAGGAUGGACACAAGUGCAUCUCCUGCAGCAACGGCUUUGGAGGGGAAGGCUGUGAAGCCACGCUGUGGGAUCUGAGGCAGACACGGAACAGAAUAUGUGAGUACAGGGGGCAUUUCCAGACUGUUGCAUCCUGUGUCUUUCUACCAAGAGCCCUGGCCUGGAUGCCUGCAAUUGCUACCUCAUCACAUGACUGCAAAGUGAAGAUUUGGAACCAAGAUACCGGCGCCUGCCUGUUUACCUUGUCUCUGGAUGGAUCAGGACCCUUGACAUCACUGGCUGUUGGCGACACCACCUCCUUACUGUGUGCUAGUUUCAGCAGAGGGAUUCACUUGCUCAGAGUGGACCACAGCCGAGGGCUGGAACUGCGGGAAGUGGCAGUGUUCUGAGACCAGGAGACGUUUGCUGGACAGUAUCACGCCGUGGCCCCUCCUUUCUGAGUGUGGUUUUGUGUUUUCCAUGUUGUCUUCAGAGGAGGGCAGUGUGGGGCGUAGGUUCGCUCAGAGGGCAUAUCAGUGUUAGAAGGCAGUUUAAGGCCACUGGUUCCAAAUCAAGUACAGAGUAACCUAAGGUUCUCAAGCUAAGUGAAAUCCAGAUGCAAGUUUUAGUGAGCUCUUGGGACUGCUCUUCAAAAAGCAGUUUAUGGCUCAAAGUGGUGACCUGUAGGUCUCUGAAAGGGGUCUCUGUGAGAGGACAUGGUGUCUGAGUCUCUUAAAGCGACCUUUUCCAUGUCUCCACAGAAGGAGAAAAAGCAAGGGGGGGGGGGAAGAAACUGUUUUGCUUGGCUCCAGAUGAUCUACGUGGGAAAUAGUACAGCACCAUAGAGGAAAUAGACACGAUAUGAAGGUCCAGUCACUGCUCCUCAGCAGCGUGAAGAGUCAAAGUUAGGGCAAGAAAGCAAAAGCCUUGGCUUCCACUCACAACAGUAGCAGAAAGGGUGGCAAAUCCCUGCGAGUUCCUGGUCCCUCCUUAGACUGGUGCAGAGCUUAUAUGAAAAUAAGACCCGAGGUGGCUUGAACAGGCUGACAACCCUAAGGAACUUGUCCAGGAUUAUGGGAGUUACUAAACUGGUUCCGUAGGUAAGGAAAUGGAGAGGUUGUGAGAUUAACUUUUUUCACUUGUACAUUUUAGUAUUUUUAUUUAGUUUUAUGUAAACUGCCUCUAGGGAAUGGCCAGAGUGAGGCAAAGGGAAUGUCUGCAAUGACAAUAGAACACAGAAAUAGUGGAGGCAUAGACUCCACUGUGCGCUGGCCACUGAGGCCCCUGCGUGAGGAGGGGCAGGGGCUCAGGUGUGCCUGUGUGGUCCCAGGAGGUCAGUCCCCACGUGGUGCCUGUAAGCCCCGGUUCCUCGCGUGGAAAUCGAGCUCCUCCUGCCUUCAGGCAGGCCCACGCCUAAGGCACCUGCCCCCAGAGGAUUCCCUUUCUGAUGAGUCCCAGCCCAAGGAAGGUUUUGCAUUUGUCUUCUCUGCCUGCCCCUGACACCUGUGGCUGACCGCCACCUUCCUGCCUCCCCCUGCUCCUCUUCAAGUCCAGCUCCCCCAGGCCGUCUCCACCAACCAGGGAGGAGAAUCUCAAGCAGCUGCAAAGCACCUGACCAGAGUUUGAAUCUCCAUUUAGCUGGAUGGUCUUGAGCAAGUUGUGAAAUCGCAGCUUCCUCACUUAUUGUGUAGGGCCGUAAUCAUACGUUCCUCACAGGGCUGUUCUGAGGACUGAACAGAACCAUAUUAAAUGCCAAGCAAGGCAGUAGGUGCCUAUAAGUGGUAGCCAUUGUUAUUCACUGCCCUCUGUGCAGACAAAACGCUCUCUUUACCACAUGAAACAUCUGCCAUUCCUCGUCCGUUCUCCUUAGAUCUUAUUUUCUAAGCUUUAGUCAUUGCUCAGCUUUCCCUUUGAUCUUGGCACUCUGAAAGAACAAAGGGGUGGUGAACGUGGAAGCUGUGUCAUUGAGCAGCUGCAGGUGGCUGAACACAUCUAUUCUCACUCCCAUUCUGCUCCUCAGAGAGGAGCUGGUAUUCCCAUUGCACUGAUGAGGACGCGGAGGCCCAAGGUCACACACACAGGUAGGAAGGGGAAGAACUGAAAUUUGAACCCAGGUCAGCCUGACUCAAAGCUGGAUUACUUUCCUCCCUUUGCCUUUGCCUUUGGAUGAUGUCACGAGUUCACUUUAGAAAUGUUAGAGACCAUGAAAUUGUUGGUGCAUUUUCUAGACCAGUUAAUUAACUUUUUGGCUCCAAGGAGGUCUUCCUGGCCAGGCGCCCAGGAGCAGUAGACGGGUGUCUCAGGGAAAGCCCCAGAGCACCUGCUGGUGUACAGCUGACCCCUUCCCCUAGAAGGGAGGCAGGCAGCAGGUCAGAAAACCCAAGGGAGCGGGUCGGGAGGGGUCCCCGGGGGGAGGAGCAGGCUGCUGUGGAGGGAGCACACCUGUGAGAGAACGGGUCCUCUGAUGAAUCCGCAGGGCGCUGUCACCCUACACUGCACACGUGUGUGUGAUGUGUAAGUGCCUUAUUGUGCAUUUCAAGUAAAAAAGAUUAAUAAAUGUGAAUGCUUUGGUAGGAUUUUUCAGUGUUGUGUACCCUACACAGGCACCCUCAGCACCUAAGAUCCAGGCUGCUAAACGCAUUCGUUCGCCUGCAGAGGUGGCCCCGCUAAGUCAUAGUGAGGGGCUUUCCAAAGGCAGCUGAUGUUUUUUCCCGGAAGGUGUCUAAACUCUUGGAUCUGGACAAUUGUAUAUUUAAAAUUUAAAUAAAUUUGUGUCUUGUAUAUUUACCAUUUAAAUAUAUUUAUAUAGCCCUGGCUGGUGUAGUUCAGUGGACUAAGUGUGGGCCUGCGAACCAAAGGAUCGUGGUUCAAUUCCCAGUCAGGGCACAUGCCUGGGUUGCAGGCCAGUUCCCAGUGGGGGACAGGAGAGACAACCACACAUUGAUGUUUCUCUCCCUCUCUCCUUCCCCUCCUCUCUAGAGAUAAAUAAAUAAGAUCUUUUAAAAUAUAUAUAUUUAUAUAGUUAAGGAGUGGUGAUUAUUAAUGGCCUUCAUUUUGACACAGGAAAUACAAGUAUAAAACUCAGGUCACUUGGUGUUUUUAACCUUUUAAUACUAAAAAAGGGCACUUAGCUAUUUCUGAGUAGCCUUUGGAAACAUAAUGAUUAAAGAACAGCUUUGUCGUAAAAAAAUGUGCUGACUGCUAGCCAUUUCCCAAAAUUGUCACCUCCCCUGGCACAGGUGGCCCGGCCAAGACCACAUUCUCAGCUAGGCACGGCCCUGAGAGCGGGUUCUUGUCAGCGGGCGUGGGGUGGAAGUGAUGUGUGUGGUAACUCCCACCCCGGUCACCUGGAAGAAACACAUCUGCGCAGGACCCCUGCUCUGGGGCCCCGCCCACUAGCCAGGAUGCCAACUGACUGCGGGUAACGGCUUCAACUAUUCGGAGGAGGACAAGGUGACGAACCAGCGAAAAAGAAGGAAGCUGGGGCCCCAGAGAACCUCAAGGAGCUGAGUUGCUCCAGCAGCCUGGCCUGUGACUGGAAAGAAAUGAGCUUCAUUCUUUCUAAGCCAACGUCUACGUUUUUAACUUUUAAUUCAAGUACACAAUCAUAAACCAUUUCGGACACGUUAAGUUUAUAGCUUUGGAGACAGACUCUAGUCACCAGUACCUGGAUGGAGGAGCACACUUCACCCAGGAACGAUGAUGGCCUCCCUCAGCCUCCCCUCCAGGCCUGUCUGCCAAGGAAUUUGUAACAUCAAAGGUGUUUGUCUGCUGUUCUAUUUUAUGUAAAUGGAAUCAGGCUGUAUUGUAGUCGAUGGAAAAUGUGGCCCCGGUGUCUCCCAUUCCUGCAUGUCUGACCUUUUGCAACAUGACAUUUUCUCAUCAGUGGGCAGGAUCUACUUCCCCACCCCUUGAAUCUGCACCAGUCUUUUGAUUUCGCUUGAUGGACAGAAUCCAGGGGAACAAAUGCCACACCACUUGUGAAGCCCGGGCUACAGAGGCCUUGGGGCUUCAGUUGCACCCUCUUGGAAUGCUGCUCAGAGAUCUCUGUGUCCGGAAGGUGACCCGGGCCACGUGGAGAAGAGCCAAGCACUACCGGGUAUGUGCGUGAGGUCACCUUGGACCUUGCAACCCCGCCAGAUCUGCAGCCAAAUUCAGCCACUGAUGAAAUCACAAGGGAAGCCACAGCUAUUCCAUACAAUCAUGAAAAAUAAUGAAUCACUGUUAUGAGACACUAAGUUUUGGGGUAGUUCGUUAUUCAAUAGAUUUAAGUGAAACAAGUAUAUGCUUUUAUUUUGGCCAGGCUUUUUUUGCUCAACAUGUGUGGGAGAUUGAUUCAUACUGUUGCGUGCAGUGGAGUAUUAUUCCUUCCCAUUGCUGCAGAGUAUUCUAAUGUGGGGCAAUAUUAUAAUUUAUCCACUUCACUACUGAUGGGCUAGCUUCUAGUACGCGGCUCUUACAAACAGUGUUGCUGUGAACAUUCCAAUAACGUGUCCUUUGGUGAACAUAUGCAGUCAGUCUGUUGUGGUCAGUCUGUAAUUAGAGGCAGGCCUUUCUGGGCUAGUGUGUAAACUGUGCCAUCAGCUUUAACAGAUACACCUCUUUCCCAAACAGGUUGCCCCGUUCACAUCCCACCCCGUGUGCAGGGGUGUUCGCAGAGCCUCAGUUGUUCCCUGCCCACACUCCAUGCUCUUAAACUCUGCAACCCUCCGUUGUAAAGGUGAGUGCAGAGCAGGUGAAAAGUUCGCUAGGGACGUGUUAGCUUCAUGAACCAAUAUUAGAAAAGAGCUGGCCCAGCUGGAUUGGAUGUUUACUUUUCUUCCUGACAAUUCUAGACAAAAGGGCAGAAUUUAACAACACAAACUUACACACAAUGCUUUAUAUUUUAAUACUACUUCCCAAUCAUAAUUUCAUCUGAGUCUUCCAAUAAAAUAACACUGUAAAAUAGGCAGCCUUGGGAAUAUUGCAUUUGCUCUGCAGAGAAGGAAAGUGAUUUGCCAAAGAUCACACGGCAGGUGCAGAUCCCCGAUGGGAGCCCAGGUCUCCGGACAUGCAGACUGGUUCUUCCCAGCAAAGCCCUCCGCCUCCCAUGGCGUUGUCCUGGUGGUGCUGGGCAUGAAAGCCGGGGCGGGGGCGGGGGAAGGUAGGAGGUAUUUGUAGCUGGGGAAUAGGUGACACGGGCUAAACAUUGCAGA